CAACGCCAUUGGUCAUGUGCUUCCACUUCUCCACAAAAACGAUUACUUCUAGUACGAUUGAAAAACGUUAAACGUUUCUGAGACGGGAGAGAUGAAGCGUGAGGGAGAGAAUUAAAAAAUAGGGCUUUCAACUACUAGCUUGGCCGUCUUGCAAAAAUAAGUAUUGGCUCACCUAUAGAGCCAUGCUGUCACUCCUAUUCUUCUUCCCGAUUUGAACUUGAGCAGGCACAUGCACAUCUUUGGGCUGCUACAAUCGAAGCAGCACAAUACCGGAGCGAUGUAGCGGCUUGGUCGUGACUGGGCGCGCAGCCGAGUCCUGAUCUCGGGAAGCUACGCGAACAGCACUUAUAAUUGACUGCGCAUCUUAUGGUCGUCCGUGAAAUUAAACCACUACAGAUCGGUUAGCGAAAAUGGCGCCGGGAGCUGCCCGCGGAUGCCGCUUCGCGAUUGUCGCAACCUGCGCCAUCACCGUGGUUUCCGGUUUUUCCGCGAUCAAAACACGUAGCACUGCCGUAGGCGCAUCUGCCAAGACGUCUCGCAGAGCUGCCAGGAGAACAACUGCGACAGCUCAAGUAGCAAGAAGUAGUGCACGCGCCACUCAAAGUUCUAAAAAAGAGCUGUCCAAGAACACAGCAGUGGGAACAAAGCCCGCUCCCAGCGUUGCGGAGCAGUGCGCGGAAGAUGCAGACUGCUUGCCACCCCCAGCAGCCACGCCCAUUGCGGAACUCGAAAAACUGAAACCGAGCGAGCUCGAGACGCUGCGGGGAAGUGUCGAGGACAAAUUGGCGAAGGCAAAGUCCGAUUUUGAGCAGUUGCAGGCGAAGCUGGCGAAAGCGCAGACCGAGCACGCGCAGAGUCUGCAAGCUUUGAAGCAGGAGAUUGGCGCGAAAAAGGACCAGGCCCAGGAGACGCGGCUGGCAACCCGCGAGACCGUGGCUGCGGACGCUGCCGCCGGCGCGAAGGAAGAGGAAAACCUGCAGAACUUGGACGGCGAGAACGCAAACCUCCGCAAGGACCUGCAGGCAAAGCGGGCUGCGGUCAAGCAACUCGUAGCAAAGCAGCCCUGCGGGAAGUGCACGGCGCACCAAAGCACCGCCUUUCUCACGCUCUGGUCCUCGGUGCGGGACGCGCCCGUAUCAAAAGGAAAAAUCCCCCCUCCGCAUAUUGACAAGGCACGUUUUCGAGAAUUUCUAUUGCUGAUUUGUGACCACAAACCGCCUCUGUGUUGCAUGAAGGCAACUCCACAGGCUCCGCCGCAUUCUAGCGGCGGUUUGUCGUGCUGUUGUACCCACAGCGUAGACGUCUGGCAUGCAAAGCGCCAAGGCCAAAGCCUGUCUUCUGAGGCUUAAUAUGGGUCUGUUGUCCUCGCCAGCAAGACAAAGCCGAUUUGUGUACGCAAAUCCAGCAUCACCUGGCAAAGCCGAUGAGUUCGGGCUGCUGACUGUUCCACUCCCUCUUAGCGGUACCAGUUUCGCCCACGCCCACGCAAAUCCAGCAUCACAAGCUUCGUUUUGAUAUUGGGAGGGGGGAUUUUUCAUUCUGAUAGCCCGCGAAGGAUCUCAUGGCCGAAAUUCAGGCUGGUCAGCGGGAAAUCCGGAACCUGGAGGACGAUACCAAGGCGCUGGAGAAAAAACUUGUGCGCGAGGGGAAGCGGUUCGAUGAGCGCACCCAGUUCCUGCGCACCAAGGUCGACGAGGCGGAAGCGAAGGCGGAGGUGGCACCGCCGGGGUUGGCGGCUGAAAAGUCGGCCGGCGUACGCUUGAAUGACGCCCGGCAGGUGCGGCUGAAAGCUCGAAAAGCGGAGAACGACGACCUGCGAGGCCGCUUGGAUGACCUGGCGAAAAAGGAGACUCGAAUCCAAGAGCUCAACGCGGAGUGCGGCUGCAGCUAGCAAGUGCCGCUGACAUUCCGUCCCGCCGAGAAGUAUACAUCGUGCUGCAGGUGCAAAAAAAUGAAAAUGUCAAAAAAAAAUGACGCACUGAUCGUUCAGUUUCUGUUUUCCAGCGCUCGUCUACAUAGUACUUAGCCGAAACUUGGAUAUUCGCUGCACUACCUAGAGGGAAUAUCCUGUACCUAUUUCAUGUUUCGUGUAACUCAUUCUUGAACUGCUGCUGCUGGGGUCGCAAAGCAGUGGCGAGAACGGUGCAAUCCCAGUGCCCUUCAUCAAACAGAUGUUCCUGUUCGACUUUCGUGCCGUGGAAUACUAACC